GGUGCAUGUUUAGAAGCUGCUUCCAGUUCAGAGGCUGCACCAGCAGAGGCUCAGCGCACAGCCAUGGCACACAAGCUGGUGCUUAUCCUGGGAGCUCUGGAGGGAGUCCUCUCCCAGGAGACCCAGAAGCGGGAGCUACAUACCAACCCGGGCAGCCAUGUCAACUUACCGUAUGCCAGGACCCUGCUCAAUGGGACAAAGAUCCAGGUGUACCAGACCCCUGAGGUCCAUGCCACCCCGGGGAGCGAUGUCACCUUACCGUGUACCUACAAUGUCUCUGGAGUAGAGGAGGCAACUAUCGGGUCCUUCACGUGGUACAGACACCUGGUGAAGACUGGGCCGGAGGUGUGUGACAGUAAUAAGGACUUCACCGGUCGGAUCUCCAAAGCGGAUACAGAACAAUUCACCAGUAACAGAGAUGCCCAUAUCACCAUACACAACGUGCUUGAUACAGACGCUGGCAGAUAUUUCUGUGCAGUCAGGUUUCUAGAAGGUGGAAGAAUAUCUGGAUCUGGAGCCGGGACCCUGCUCAAUGUGACAGGAGUCCUCUCCCAGGAGACCCAGAAGCGGGAGCUACAUACCAACCCGGGCAGCCAUGUCAACUUACCGUAUGCCAGGACCCUGCUCAAUGGGACAAAGAUCCAGGUCUACCAGACCCCUGAGGUCCAUGCCACCCCGGGGAGCGAUGUCACCUUACCGUGUACCUACAAUGUCUCUGGAGUAGAGGAGGCAACUAUUGGGUCCUUCACGUGGUACAGAUACCUGGUGAAGACUGGGCCGGAGGUGUCUGACAGUAAUAAGGACUUCACCGGUCGGAUCUCCAGAGCAGAUACAGAACAAUUCACCAGUAACAGAGAUGCCCAUAUCACCAUACACAACGUGGUUGAUACAGACGCUGGCAGUUAUUUCUGUGCAGUCAGGUUUCUAGAAGGUGGAAGAAUAUCUGGAUCUGGAGCCGGGACCCUGCUCAUUGUGACAGGAUUCCUUUCCAUGGAGAUCCAGGUGUACCAGAUCCCUGAGGUCCAUGCCACCCCGGGGAACGAUGUCACCUUACCGUGUACCUACAAUGUCUCUGGAGUAGAGGAGGCAACUAUCGGGUCCUACAAGUGGUACAGACACCUGGUGAAGACUGGGCCGGAGGUGUCUGACAGUAAUAAGGACUUCACCGGUCGGAUCUCCAGAGCGGAUGCAGCUGAAUUCAUCAGUAACAGAGAUGCCCAUGUCACCAUACACAACGUGGAUCCCUCACAUUCUGGGAUAUAUUUCUGUCAAGUUAUUUUUCAACAUGGAAAGGAAAUAACCGGAGUUGGAAAUGGAACUCUGCUGAAUGUGACAGUGGUCCCUCAGAAGAUGCUUGGCAUCUGUGUCCUGCUGAAGGCGGCCGGAUUGCUCCUGAUUGUCCUGAUGGGACUUGUUGCUUGCAUAUUCCGAUUGACAUUAAGCUGUGUCCUGUCUCGAGAUACCAGGGUCUCCGCUGAAAGCUCCAGUCAUGGACCAUCGAGCACUGGGACCUGUUCACUGUCCCCAGAUCAGCCUGUGUCUCUAAACCAUCCAACAGCAUCACUUCAGAGCUGUGAAAUGGCAUCUGCCUCCUGACAUGAUUGGCUGUAUAUCAUGGUGUAUGGUCUAUAUACCGCAUACACUGUGACAUCAUGGUAUAUUAUCUAUAUACCGCAUACACUGUGACAUCAUAGUAUAUUAUCUAUAUACCGCCUACACUGUGACAUCAUAGUAUAUUAUCUAUAUACCGCCUACACUGUGACAUCAUAGUAUAUUAUCUAUAUACCGCCUACACUGUGACA